AUGCCAGGAGACGAAAGAGAAGCGCGAAUUCCGUCCAAUAUGAAAGAUUUGCUUAAGUUUUGUAUGGAGAACACAAAAACAGAAGAUGCGCCUGGCGCCGACAGUUCGAGUUCUGAUGUCAAAGAACUUGGUUCUGAGGAUCGUGCUUGGCUUGAAGGUGCCCUGAACACACUGACAGAAUCACCUGUCAGACGUAUGAAAGAAUGUAUCCGUAUACUAAAAUCACCAAAUAAUGCCGAUGAAGAAAAUGAAGAAGACGACAGAGAAGCUGCUCUUGAGGAGCUCAUGGAGUGGUGUGAAUAUAUCGACUUUGCUAUUGAUUUUUACAAAAUUGGAGGAUUUGACAUCCUCUCACCACUCUUGCAUGACCCGGACCCUGAAAUUCGCUGGAGAACUUUGGAUUUGAUUGGUGCUUUGGUUCAGAACAAUCCUUUCUGCCAGACAGCGAUACUGGAUGCUGGACUUCUCAAUACCAUGAUGAAAGUUUUAGACAAUGAUGAGAAAAAUACUGUCCGAAUUAAAGCCCUCUUUGCUAUUUCCUGUUUAUGCCGUGAGGCACCAACUGCCCAGGAUAAUUUCAUCAAAAUGGAUGGCUUCUCUUAUUUGAUGCGGGCAAUGCAAGCAGAUGUAGAGAAAUUGAAAAUCAAAUCUGCUUUUCUGAUGCGAAAUAUUGUCACCCAACAACCAGCCGUCAAAGACACAUUAUGUGAUAUGGGAAUGCUAGAACAGCUAAUUGGCCACCUUCGUGAAGAUCAUUCUCUUUUCCACGAGCACCUCAUGGCCUGCCUUGUGUCCAUUGUCACCGACCAUUCUCGAUCACUUGAAGACUGCAAGCGGCCACAACUACAGUUCACAGAAAUCCUUCAAGAAAAACUUAAAUCUCUUCAUGGCAGAGAUGAAUUUAGGGAGGAACUGGACCAUACCAAAGAGAUGUUACAGAUGUUGAAUGUUAACAGCCGAAGCCCCAGUCCCAGUGGUGAUGCCUCAAGUGCUGGCAGUUUUUUCUUCUUUUUCUUUUCUUUUUUUUUCUUUUUUUUCUUUCAUUUCCUACUUUUUCUUAUUUCUUUUCUCUUUCUUUUUCAUUCACUGGGUUUCAUGGUCUUUCUCUUUUUUUUAUGUCACAUUGUCCCCUCCUGUUCCCCUCCCCUUCUCUAA